AUGCGUUCACAAUCAUUGCCAUUACCAUUAAUAGAAUCACCAAACUCAAUAGAUUUAGACCCCAUCAAUCAUGAGAAUUUGGCGGUAUACGGAUAUUUGCUACUAAUAUCAACAUGGAUGUUAUUCAUUAUUUCAAUAAAUUCAAUCUUCGAAAUUUGGAGAUUUAUAAUUCAACCAUCACAGUCAUCGCCAACAUCCUUGUUAUUAUAUGAUAAAUUAACAAUUUUCUUCGAAACUAUUGAUUCCUAUAUAAUAAAGUUAUGGUGUAUCUAUGUAGUAUGUUGGUGGUGGGCCAUUGUAUCAUGGAGUGGGUUAAAAUUAUUCCGUCAUUCUAAAGGUAUUCAAGGGUAA